CGAUGUCGGGUACCGAGAAGAACGACGUCAAGUCCUCAGCGUCGUCCACGACCUCCGCGGACGAGAAGGCGCGCAUCGCCGAGAUCGAACGUGGCGACGACUCAAAAACCGCGGCGGCGGAGACGAACGUCUUCAAUGCCCACAUCGACGUCAGCGGGAUCGACGAGCGCAAGCUGUUGAGGAAGCUGGACUGGUGGCUCGUGCCAUGGCUGUCCUUCCUCUACCUGCUCAGUUUCUUGGAUCGUACGAGCAUCGGCAACGCCAAGCUCUACGGCAUGGAGGCCAGCCUGCACAUUGAUGACACGCAAUACAACAUCGCGUUGACGGUCUUUUUCUUUUCUUAUGCGAUCUUUGAGGUCCCCUCGAACGUCUUCCUGAAACGGCUGAGGCCGUCAAUAUGGCUUUCGCUGCUCAUGCUGCUGUGGGGCGUGAUGAUGACCGUGCAAGGGCUCGUCCACAACUACGGUGGACUACUCGGCAUGCGCUGGAUGCUCGGUAUGUUCGAAGCCGGCCUUUACCCAGGUGUGAACUACUAUCUUUCAUGCUGGUACAGGCGCUCCGAAUUUGGUAUCCGCGCCGCAGUCUUCUUCUCGGCGGCAACGGUAAGCCGCGCCUUCGGCGGGCUGCUCGCUGCCGCGAUCUCGAACAUGGACGGCGUCGGAGGGAAGCCCGGCUGGGCGUGGAUCUUUAUUCUCGAAGGCCUCAUCACGGUCAUCGCCGGCUUCGCGUCGUUCUGGAUCAUCCAGGACUUCCCCGACACGGCCAAGUUCCUGACCGAGGAAGAGCGCACCUUUGUCAUCCGCCGGCUGCAGAAGGACGACCAGUUCAGCGCGGCGGGUGAGACGCUCAAGUUCAAGUACAUCUCGCAGAGUCUCCUGGACUGGAAGACCUGGGUGGGUAUGCUAUUGUAUAUGGGAACAGACUGCCCUUUGUAUGCGUUCAGCCUGUUCCUGCCGAGCAUCAUCAACCAGCUGGGCUUCACCGCUACUCCCGCAAACCUGCUUACCGUGCCCGUCUAUGCGCUGGCGUGUAUUGUCACGUGCGUUGUGGGCUUCAUCGCAGAUCGUUAUGGGCAGCGUGGCCUCAUUAAUAUCGUCUGCUCCUUGGUCGGCCUGGCGGGCUACAUCAUCUUGAUCGCCUCGCGCAAUGCCACGCUCUCCUAUAUCGCCGUGUACCUCGCCGCGUGCGGCAUCUACCCGAACAUCCCGAACACGGUCGCGUGGGUGUCGAACAACGUCGAGGGCAGCUACAAACGCAGCGUGUCGCUCGCGAUGGUGAUCAGCUUCGGGAACAUCAACGGCGCGGUGAGCUCGAACGUCUACCGCGCCAGGGACCAGCCCUGGUACACGCUCGGGCACGGGAUCGUGCUCAUGUACAUCUGCAUCGCGAUCAUCUCGGCCGUCGUGUACCGGCACCUGCUCAAGCGCGAGAACGACCGGCGCGACCGCGGCGAGCGCGACGAGAUCAUCGAGGGCGUGAACGACGACCGCGAGGACCUGGCGCGGAACGGGCGCUUUGCGAGCGUCGAGGACGCAAAGCGCGAGAAGGGCGACGCAUGGAGCGGGUACCGUUACACGCUUUGACACGAUUGUUGAUGACCUGUUUAUCUUUUAUGCUGUACGACUAUUUGAUGUCGAUGGAUGAACGUGUAUCAUAGAUUACUGCGUACAUAUCUGAUAAUCUU